AUGGCUCCUCCUCAAACCGUACCAUGUCAAUACAAGACUGGUAAGACAUUAGGCAGUGCUGUAGUGAAGGAAUGUGUUCACAUAGGUACCGGUGAUUAUUACGCUUGUAAAGUACUUAACAAGAAAUUCUUACUAGGAAGAGAACAUAUGGUUCGUAAUGAGAUUGCAGUACUCAAGAGAGUUUCGGCUGGGCAUAAAAAUAUCGUUCAGUUACAUGAUUUCUUUGAAACCACGCAUAAUCUCUACCUUGUAUUUGAUUUAUGUACCGGUGGUGAAUUGUUUGAUCGGAUCUGCGCUAGAGGAAGUUAUUUUGAGAAAGAUGCAGCCAGUAUCGUUAGAACUGUCACUUCUGCCGUGAAGUACCUACAUGAUCAAGGCAUUGUGCACCGAGAUUUGAAACCUGAAAACAUCCUAUUCAAAUCGAAAGCUGAAGAUGCCGAUCUCAUGUUGGCUGAUUUCGGUUUGUCAAAGGUCUUGGAUGAGGACAAUUUCUCGAUCUUGACUACUACUUGUGGUACCCCAGGAUACAUGGCUCCUGAAAUAUUCAAGAAGGCGGGUCAUGGAAAGCCUGUAGAUAUCUGGGCUAUCGGUGUUAUCACCUACUUCCUGUUAUGUGGAUAUACACCAUUCGAUCGAGAUUCGCAAUACGAAGAGAUGCAAGCUAUCUGCAAUGGAGAUUACAAAUUUGAACCAGCAGAAUACUGGUCAGGUGUAUCCGAAACUGCACGUGAUUUCGUCAGAAAAUGCCUCACCAUUGAUCCAACCAAUCGACCUACAGCUUCACAAGUACUUGAACACAAAUGGUUGAAGCCAGACGUAGAGAGCUUUGUCAAGGAUCCAACCAGUUCUGCUGGAUCAGCGGUUGACUUAUUACCUAAUGUUAAAGCUGCUUUCGAUGCUAAAAAGACUUUCCGAAAAGCCGUAUUGGGAAUGAUGGCGGUUCACAGAUUGCAAGACCAACAUCACCAUACAGUUGAUGGAGGUCAAACUGCUCAACAAAAAGAACAAUUAGUCAAGGACGUCGAAGAAUAUAAGAAAGAAGCUGAAAGGGAGGAUGUGAAAGAUGUCAUACAACCUUCAACCUAUUAG